AUGGGAACUUGGACGCUAAAAUCAGAGAAAGAUGGUGAUACGGAUGAUGGAGAAGUGGUAGGCUCUUUAAGCUGUUAUAACUCCGCAGAACUUCUUGGAGUGCCAGCAAGGAUGCCUCACCAUUAUGGUCCCGAAGCUCCCAUGCAGUUUCGACCGGAACAACGUCUAACUAGAGAUGCAAUGGAGAGGUAUCUACGAGAUAGAAAUGAUUUAGUGUUGGUUAUUCUCCAUGCUAAAGUAGCUCAGAAAUCGUACGGUAAUGAAAAACGAUUUUUUUGUCCACCCCCUUGCAUAUAUUUGUUUGGUGAUGGCUGGAGACUACGGCAAGAACAACUAUUAAGAGAAGGAGUGUCUGAAGCUAAUUCUCAGAUGAGCGCAUUCAUUGGUAUUGGAAGCACUGACCAAGAGUUACAGCCUCUUGACCUUAACAAUGGAAAGCAGUAUUGUGCUGCUAAAACGUUGUUCAUUUCAGAUUCGGACAAACGAAAACAUUUUAUGUUGAUGGUUAGAAUGUUUUAUAACAUUGGUUAUGACAUUGGUACAUUCCAUAGUAAACGAAUAAAGGUUAUAUCAAAACCAUCAAAGAAAAAACAAUCGUUAAAAAAUGCUGAUUUAUGUAUCGCAAGUGGAACAAAAGUAGCAUUAUUCAAUAGGUUAAGAUCCCAAACAGUCAGUACACGAUACUUGCACGUGGAGAAGGGUAACUUUCAUGCCAGCUCGACGCAGUGGGGUGCAUUUACUAUUCACUUGUUAGACGAUGAUGAAAGUGAGAGUGAAGAAUUCAAUGUUAGAGAUGGAUAUGUUCAUUAUGGCAGUACUAUCAAGCUAGUAUGUAGUGUCACUGGUAUGGCAUUGCCUCGACUUAUAAUAAGGAAAGUCGAUAAACAGAUGGCUCUUCUGGAAGCUGACGAUCCUGUGUCGCAACUGCAUAAGUGUGCGUUUUACAUGAAAGAUACAGAGCAUAUGUAUUUAUGUUUAUCCCAAGAGCGUAUAAUUCAGUUUCAAGCUACUCCUUGUCCCAAGGAACCCAAUAAAGAAAUGAUUAACGAUGGUGCCUGUUGGACGAUUAUAAGCACGGACAAGGCCGAGUAUCAGUUUUACGAAGGCAUGGGUCCCGUGAACUCGCCAAUAACACCUGUUCCAGUCGUUCACAGUUUGAACUUGAACGGUGGUGGUGAUGUGGCUAUGUUAGAAUUGACUGGAGAAAAUUUCACACCUCACCUACAAGUAUGGUUUGGUGAUGUUGAAUCUGAAACUAUGUAUCGCUGCCAGGAGAGUAUGUUGGCCGUUGUACCAGAUAUAUCCUCAUUUAGGGGUGAUUGGCUCUGGGUCAGGCAGCCAACCCAAGUACCAGUAUCUCUAGUGAGAAACGAUGGUAUAAUUUAUGCAACGGGGCUGACAUUUACAUACACGCCGGAAUCUGGACCCAGGAAUCACAUCCAACCCACAGACGACAUUAUGCGAGCGCCACAUCCUCAUAAUAGGUUACAGCCAGCCAUAAACGACGUUCCGUGGAACCAACAUUCCAAUAUUAAAGAUUAUCAAUGA